AUGUUGCGCAUACGCAGUGUGGACCGCGUUCUACUGCUCGUUCUCGUGGCAAUCGCUUUGGUGGCGGGAAAACAGGAGAGUGCUUCGCGUCAGUUUGGUGGCCAGAACUUCGGAAACGGACUGGGACCCUCCUUUGGGGCGGGGGCUGGGUUCGGGGGACCGGGUCCCGGAACCGGAAGCGGAAUCGGAAGCGGAGCCGCCGGAUUUCCGGGACAGGGCUUCGGUCCGCCGCCACAACAGCCCGGCUGCCCGCUGUGCGACUCGUCGGUCUACUCGUACUGCUCCCACAAGAUGGUCCACGACGCCUGUUGCUGCGAUUUUCCAGCCGGUGCCCCGCAGUUGAGGCCACCCCAGUGCCUGUACUACGACUGCUCACUGCUGUAUGCCAAAUCCUGUUACGAACACGCCCUCAUCAAGAACUGCUGCUGCAAUAAUCCCUACUGA